AUGCACCCCCAAGGCAGCUUGUGGGACGCCGACGCGUGGGGCAGCGUGCUCGAGAUCGUGAGCGGCUUCGUCGACGACCACCCGACCAACAUAAUGUCGCAGUUCUUCCUGUUCGGCCCGCAGCCGUUCCACAGCCUGGUGCCGCGCAACGUCGAGGCCAUCCUAUCGUCCAGCUUCGCCGACUACGGCUUCGGCGUGCGCGCCGACGUCUUCCGGCCCUCUGCGGCGCCGGCAUCUUCACCCAGGAGGGCGACGAGUGGAAGGCGUUGCGCACCAUGCUGCGCCGCCACCUCGUGCGCGUGCACCUACAUCCACCAGCUUGUCGACGCGUGCGUGGCCGAGGCGCGGACCUGGACGCUGGCCGAGGCGCGGACCCGGAAGCUGGCCGCGUCCGUGUCCCCGGGCAAGGAUGGCAAGGGCGGCGACGACGGCGACGACGGCGACAACGUCUCUGGCAGCCUGAUUUUUGGUGGGAAACGGAUGACUGCAUUGCUUGCUUGGAGGAAGACUCGCUAUCUGGGCUACCGCGGAAUAUCCAUGCUGAUCGAACAGAUAAUCGCCAUGAACCCAGCCGACAAUGACAAGGCCGUCCGCAGCCAGGUGCUCAACGUGCCGUUAGGCGGCCGCGACACGACGGCGGCCUGA